AUGUCGUUGUGUCACACCGCUUCUCGCUGGCGCAGUGUGCGGUGCACGGGUGGCGUCCCACCGGGACGCAUAGGCCACACCCUGUGCGCCAACGCUGUGGAGACAAAGGUGUUUCUCUACGGCGGCGUCAACGACAAGAACGAGAGUAUCUCCAACUACCUGGAUGACUUCUACGUAUUCGAUGUGGAGACGAAAAGAUGGACGGCGAUCGAAAUGACGGGGCAGGUGCAGUCCUCCAGGGCCUUCCACUCCGCCGUGUACUACGAGGGACAAAUAUAUGUCUUUGGCGGCUGUAAUGGCCGUGGGCGCUUCAACAAGUUGUUUUCCAUUAGUGAGGACGGUAGAUGUCAGCCCAUCACCGCUAAUAGUCCGCCGCCAACGACGCGAUAUUGUCAUAGCGCAGUGCUGUUCGAAAAGAAAAUGUACAUCUUUGCCGGUAAAUGUGGCGGGCGGAACAGCAACAGGCGCCUGAGCGACUUAUUCGCCUUUGACUUCACGCGAAAUACGUGGGAAGAGUGUCCACAGCAUGGGAAUAAACCUGUGGCGCGCUCCGCUCACGCCGCCUUCACGUGUGGGCGGAAUAUGAUCAUGUUUGGUGGGCGCAAUGCGGGGGGAGAGUGCUGCGAGGACAUGUACGCGUACAACUACGACACCGGCAUCUGGCGUAAGAUUGAGUCACCCAACAAUGGCUCACUCUUCGGGCGUGCGCGAAACAGUGUCGUGGUGCACCACGGCAGAGUAGUGGUGUUCGGUGGGUGGAAUGGUAAGAAGAAGCUCAAUGAUCUCUUCAUGUAUUCGGUGGACUCCAACACACUCGAGAUGAUGCAUGAGCCGGACGACAAGUGUCCCUCCAGGCGAGAAUGCCACGUUGCUGUUGUCUGCAAAAACACCAUGGUGGUAUUUGGCGGCCGUUUCCGCGGUGAGUUUAUGAGCGACACAGCGGAGCUCGACCUUGGCCCAAAGACACUCAAGCAGAGCUGCCGCGACUGGAUCCUGCGCAGUGGCUUCAAGGAGUCGUACCCCAACCGCCAAGGACAGCUGCUGCCACUGCGACUGCAGCAGUUCAUUGAGAGCUGGCGGUCGCUGACGAGCAGGGCCCAGAAGGAUGAGCCGCAAACGCCACUGCAGGAUAGCAACGUCCCCGUCGAGGUGCUCUCCUCCGAGAGCAACUCCCAGCACGGGGGAGGGGAGUGA